AUGAGGCCCCAGACAGCAAACACAUUCGCCGCCACUGCGCGAUGGAGCAUACAACCCGCCACUGCUACGCCUGCAAGCGCAUAUGGAAGAGCUGCAGCGUAUAGACGGAUAUCGACACUGCCAAGAGCUUCCCAAGUCCCCUCCGCACGCACCUCACUCCCACCCACACCCACACUGUCCUCUCAACGCUUCCUCCGCAGCGACUUCUUGCCCCAAGACGUUCUCUUCCGCACGUCAUCCGCAUACGCCCGCCACUUCUCUUCUCGCCCCGCACUGUACGAGCAGGCGCAAAAGCAAAAACCUGUAAAGGACGAGGGGCCCCAGUCCACCAAGUCUACAGACUCUGAGGGCAACACAGCAGAGCAGGCUGCUGGCGACCAGGCAAGGAAAGAGGGCGAGGAAGCCAAAGAGAACAAGGGCGGAGAAGAGGAGUCCGGUGAACAGAAAGAGGGCGAGGAGGGCCAGAAAAAAAAGAAGGAGGACGCGCCUCCACCUCCACCCCACGGUGACAAGACACCAUGGCAAGUCUUCACUGAGACCCUGAAGCAGGAGUUCCAGGCUUCCAAGGACUGGAAUGAGGGCACAAAGCAGUUGGGUGGUGCACUACACGACUUCCAGCAAAAUCCAAAUGUUCAGAAAGCUGGACAGAUUUCUGAAGCUGCCAAGACAAAGACAACCGAGGCGUUGAAGGCCACAGCAUCAGCUGUCGGUCAUGGUGCAGCGUGGACAUGGGACACCAUGCCGGUCAAGGGCGUUCGCGCUGCUGCUAGGGUUACCGGAAGUGGUCUCGAAUACGCAACUCGACCAGUGCGACAAACCAAGGCCUUCCAGGCUGUGAAGGAGACCAUUGACGAUGGUAGCUCGUCAAGAUACGGUGGAUGGGUCGAGAAGGAGGAGCGUAGGAAGAGGCGUGAGCUGCGCGAACUCAACGAACUCCAGAGAACAGGUGGUAAGACCUUGGGGCCAAUGGAGGAAGACCCAAACGCUGGUACCAAUGUCACUCUGCACAAGGACGCCAAGUACAAGGAAGUCUGGAGAGAGUGGAAGGACAACUCAAAGCUCGCCCAGGGCUUCUUCGGCAUGAAGACCGUCUACAGGGAGUCCGAAAACCCCCUCAUCGAGACCGCCCGCAGUAUCACCGACCGCAUCACUGGCUUCUUCGCGGAGAAUGAGACGGCCAUGGUCAUUAAGAGGUUCAGAGAAAUGGACCCCAACUUCCAGAUGGAACCUUUCCUGACUGAGAUGCGCGAAUACAUCCUCCCAGAAGUCUUGGACGCAUAUGUCAAGGGCGAUAUCGCAGUCCUGAAAGAGUGGUUGUCAGCAGCACAAUAUUCAGUCUACGCAGCGCUGAUGCAACAAUACCAAGCCGCAGGUCUGAAGUCUGACGGAAAGAUUGUUGAUAUCCGUGGUGUUGAUGUCCUGAACGCGAAACUGCUAGAGCCAGGAGAGAUCCCAGUCUUCAUCCUUACAUGCAGAACACAAGAAGUACACGUAUACCGCAACGCCAAGUCUGGUGAACUCGCAUCCGGCAUGGAUGACAAGGUCCAACAAGUCACAUACGCUAUUGGUGUCACCAGGAUACCAGAAGACGUGAACAACCCCGAAACACGAGGAUGGAGAUUGAUCGAGCUGCAGAAGAGUGCCAGGGAUUACUACUGA